AUGUAUACCCCCAAUAUACCAACAAAUUAUCUUCAAAGCCUUCGAGAAUGUGUACAGCGAUUACAAGAUAGUUCUGUGAAGGUUUAUGAGCUUGUAACAGAGGCAGAAAUACGUGAAGCUCAGAGCUCUUUAGCAGUUCAACUUGAGCCGCGGGUCAAUAACCUCUUAUUGAAAGCUGAAGAUAUGUUAAAAGAAUUAGAAAAACGCGAGAAUAUGCUCCAGGAGGAGGCAGAUCGGCGUGAACAUGAAUUGGAUGCGGAACUGAAAAAGGCACAGUUAGAUUCUCUGCAAUAUUCGACUAGAAAAAAUGUGCAUGCUAAAUCUUCUGCAAGGCAAUCGGGGCAAACGCGUCAACAAAAUCAAGAACAAGCAAAAAGGUUGAAAGAAGUAAAGAAAAAGGUGGAAAGGAUGGCGAAAGUUGUGGCUCAGUUAGAAGAAGAAUAUAAUCAGAAGGAAAUGGAACUUCAACUCCAAAAGCAAAGGGUUGCAACUGAAAAAAGACCAUCCGCUAUUAAGGCGCCAAAAAAAUCUAUGAGAAAAAAGUCUUUAAGUUCCAGUGCGCUGGCGGCAGUAGAGGAACAAAUUAGGGAUAUAGACAUCCUGAUUGGAGAAAAACGCGAAAUUUUGGAUGAACAACAAAGUUUAUCAUUAGAAGUUUUGCAGGCUGCGGAAACACCGCUAGAUGAGGAUUUGAAAUGGAAUCAAUAUCAGACCCAAAGUGAAUUUUUUAAGCACAUUUUACAACAAAUUGCAUCGAAUUUCAAUUGGCCAAGUGACGCCGUUUUGGACUUUGAAAUGGCAUGCAAUUCUUAUUCAGAUUCAUUAGAUAAUGUUCAUUUCGAGGCCACUUCAAGUCUGCAGAAAAAUAUGCAUAAAGGAGUAGAAAAUAUGAAAAUAUUGGCAAAAUUAUUCUAUCCUACUGAUAACAUUGGUGUUACAGUCGCAGUACUUGUGGAAAACUUACUUCAAGCUGAACAAAAUGAAAAAUAUAUAAAAGAAUUAAGAAAGGAAUUUCCGCCAGAGCAAGAGCGACUUCAUCGGCUUCAAACAGCUAUUACUUUAUUGAAUCGACUUGAAAUAGCUGAAAUUAGAGAUG